UACUUUAACCCUUAAAGAGACAAGGCCAGGAAAAGAUGGAGGAGCAUCACCAGAUGGACUCUCUGGGGCUACUUUGUUGCCUCUACAGGGAGCCAGCAGUCCCAGGGAUGGCCUUUGAGAGGGAUAGACUCUCAGCCCAGGUAAGUUCAUUCCAGCCCCAGAUGGGAGCCCCAUCAACCAGUGAGGACCUUCCAUGGCUUUGACAGAAGAUGGGCUGGGAAGCUGCUUCCUCCUUCCUGCUGAGCCAUUUCUGUACCCACACCCAGGAAAAGAGGAACCGUACUUCCCAACUCUCUUCUUGGCUUUGAGAGUGAUUCCCUGUUCCAUGGGCAGCUCAGACCCCAACAGCUCCCCCAGAGCACUGCCUCCCAUGAUGGAUUUCUUCCUGGGCAUAAGUGAGCAUGGAGGAUGACCACUAAUUCCUUCUCUUCCCCUGUCUAAAGAUGGUGGUAACACUCACACCCUCUUCCUCUGCUCCUUUUCACCUGUUGCCCCUUUUUUUUUAAUUGAAAAUUUUUAUUUAAUUAAUUGAUUUAGAAUAUUUUCCCAUGGUUACAUGAUUCAUGUUCUUCCCCUCUCCUCCUUGGCCCCUGCCAGUGAGUAAUUCUACUGGGUUUUACAUGUGUUGUUGAUUAAGACCUAUUUCUAUAUCAUCAAUAUUUGCAUUUGGGUGAUCAUUUAGAGUCUACAUCCCCAAUCAUAUCCCCAUCGACCCAUGUGAUCAAGCAAUUGUUUUUCUUCUGUGUUUCUACUUCCACAGUUCUUUCUCUUGAUGUGAAUAGCAUUCUUUCUCAUAAGUCCUUCAGAAUUGUCCUGGAUUAUUGUAUUGUUGCUAGUAGAGAAGUCCAUUACAUUUGAUUGUGGCACCCCAUAUUAGUCUCUGGUUAGUAUUAGUAUAUGGUUUCUCCUGGUUCUGCUCCUUUCACUCUGCAUCAAUUCCUGAAGGUCAUUCUAAUUCACAUGGAAUUCUUGCAGGGCAUUAUUCCUUUGAGUACAAUAGUAUUCCAUCAUCAACAUAUACCACAAUUUGUUCAGCCAUCCCCCAGUUUAAGGACAUCCCCUCAUUUUCCUGUUUUUUGCCACCACAAAGAGUGAGGCUAUAAAUAUUUUUGUACAAGCCUUUUUCCUUAUGAUCUCUUUGGGGUAUAAACCCAGAAGUGGUAUGGCUGGAUCAAAGGGCAGACAGUCUUUUAAAGCCCUUUGGGCAAAAUUCCAAAUUGCCAUCCAGAAUGGUUGAAUCAAUUCAAAACUCCACCUGCAAUGCAUUAAUGUCCCAAUUUUGCAGCAUCCCCUCCAACAUUUAUUACUUUCCUUGCUGUCAUUUUAGUUAAUCUGCUAGGUGUGAGGUGGUACCUCAGAGUUGUUUUGAUUUGCAUUUUUCUGAUUAUAAGAGAUUUAGAACUUUUUCAUGUGCUUAUUGAUAGUUUUGAUUUCUUAUCUUAAAAUUGCCUAUCCAUGUGCUUUGUUCUUUUAUCAAUUGGGGUAUGGCUUGUUUUUAGUACAAUUGAUUUAGUUCCUUAUAUAUUUGUGUAAUUAGACCUUUGUCAGAGGUUUUUGUUAUAAAAAUUUUUUCCCAAUUUGUUCUCUUCUAAUUUUGAUUGCAUUGGUUUGGUCUGUACAAAACCUUUUUAAUUUAAUGUUAUCAAUAUUAUUUAUUUUACAUUUUGUAAUUUUUUCUAACUCUUGCUUUGUCUUAAAAUUUUUUCUUUUCCCAUAAAUUUGACAGGUAAACUAUUCUAUGUUGACCUAAUUUACAAAUAGUUUUCUUUAUAAUCAAGUCAUUAACUCAUUCUGAAUUUAUCUUGGUGUAGGGUGUGAGAUGUUGAUCUAAACCUAAUGGAUCCCAUCAGGUUAUCCAACACCAUUCCCCUACUGACUCCUUUUCCCUCUUGAGUCUGUUACAGAGCAGAGUCUGAGGAUAUCCCCUGGUCCUUGCUGUCCUCAGGGAAGAUAUUGUCCCCUGGUGCUGCUCACUGAUUUCUGCAUCAAGUCUUUGAGUCUUCCCACAUCACUCUAGCUCUUUUCUCUUUCCCACUUCUUAGCCCAAGUCAGUCAGUCUGGAGGAACACCCUCGUUUAUGCUGGGCACUACUUAGCACAAAGGAAGGGAGAAGUCCUUGGCUGCCCUCCAGCCCCACCCCCAUCCACUGGACUGACCAGGGAAAUUCCUCAGCAGCCAUAUCCAAACAAGGCAGGCAUUGUGGGAGGGAAGGCUCUAAGGGUUCUGGGGAGAUUAUUGGUUCUGGAGUGGAUGAUUCACCUGGGAAUCAAAGGAAGCUUAGAGGCCAGAGGCAAGAGGGAUAACAUUCCCUACAGGGGGACAGACAGUCCCUGGAAAGGCCCAGAAUCAGACAAUGGAAGGUCUUGGCCAAGGUUCAGCCAGGAGGCCAGUGUCCCUGGAUCAGAGGAGGAAGAGGGAGGUGUGAGGGGAGGGGAAGGGCCUGGAAGGGCAGUAUAUGCCAGUGGAGCCUGUUGUAGGAUCUGGUAUUGGGAUGCCCUCUGACCAUAAUGUGCCCACACGAGGUUGAGGCAUUGUUAUUAAGACAUAAGACACAAGUAUUUACUGACCAAAGGAUUAUUAGGUAUGAAAUAAGACUACUAAACAAUAAACAUCACACUAAAACUCUGUGGAACACUUAAUCCUGUUACUUUACUUCCUGAUUUGAUAACCUCUGGACAACCUUUACUCCAUUGUACAUCUUUAGUGUCCAUUGUUGAUAAACCUCUUAAUGAUUUACUGGACACCCCAUUGGAUAAUUCAGAUUUAAUAAUAUUUAGAGAUGAUUCUUCAUUUAUGAGAGAUGGCAUGCAUUAUGCAGGAGCUGCAGUAGUUAAUGAAUUUAAAACUGUGGUCAGCUUCCUUACCCUCAAAUGUAAGAGCACAAGGUACAGAACUCACAGCAUUGAAACAUUCCUGUAUCAUUGCAAAGGAUAAAAGAGUUACAGUCUACAUAGACUCCCAGUACACCUUCGUAUAUGUCAUGCUAUUGGCAUGUUAUGGCUCCAAAGAGGAUUUUUAACCUCAGCUGGAAAAUAUAACGCAAAUGCAGACAUUAUUAAUGAAAUUCUUUUUUUUUUUUAAUAAAACCCUUACCUUCCAUCUUGGAGUCAAUACUGUGUAUUAGCUCCAAGGCAGAAGAGUGGUAAGGGCUAGGCAAUGGGGGUUAAGUGACUUGCCCAGGGUCACACAGCUGGGAAGUGUCUGAGACCAGAUUUGAACCUAGGACCUCCCUCUCUAGGUCUGGCUCUCAAUCCACUGAGCUACCCAGCUGCCCCCUUAAUGAAAUUCUUUAUGCUCUCCAGCUGCCCAUAGCCAUAGCUGUAGUUAAUUGCUCUGCACAUACAGGUGGCAUUGACCCUGUCUCUACAGGAAAUGACCGAGCAGAUUCCACUACAAAGCUAGCAGUCAUAGAAGGGCCUGAAUUAAUUUUAACAUUAACAACCACUGAUGACUUAAAUUUAUCACUUUCCUAUAAUGAAAGGGAAGUGGAAACUUGGAAACAAAAAUUUAAAGCAAAACAGUUUAAUGGAGUAUGGGUGUCAUCUGAAGGAAAACCCUUGGUCCCUAGGAGUUUUUAUCAACAAAUUUGCCAAUCUAUUCAUAAAAAUGGUCAUUUUGUCACCCAGGGCAUCAUGAACUCUUUUAAAAGAGUAUGGAUAGCCUCUGGUAUAACUACUAUAGCCUCAAAAGUAUGUGCAACCUGCCCUACCUGCCAGGCCUUUAAUCAACACACCUUUCAUGGUAAAGCUUUUGGUGGACGUCCUCUCACCUACACACCAUUUGAGCAUUUAUAAAUCAAUUUUAUCUCUAUGCUGACAGCUGGAUAGUAUGAAUUUUUUCUGGUCAUAGAUGAUCAGCUGACCAGAUGGACUGAAGCAUUCCCUACUGCUCAGGCCACAUCUGCUUUUGUUGCCAAAGUCCUUUUAAAAGACAUUAUUCCCUGCUUUCGCCUACCAGCACAUAUUGACUCAGAUAUAGGAACUCAUUUUACUGAUUCAGUCUUAUCAAAAAUUUAUUCAUGUUUGGAGAUAACUCCUAAAUAUUCUACACCAUAUCAUUCCCAGAGCUCCAGCCAAGUUGAACAAAUGAAUAAAGAACCUUAAAACUAUGAUUGGAAAAUUGUGCAUGGAGAUUCAUUUGAAAUGGCCUGAAAUUCUAUCUCUGUCCCUAUUUUGUCUCAGAAGCAGACCCAGAGGUGAUUUACAUAUCUCACCAUCUGAGAUGCUAUUUGGACAUUCACCUAUUCAGCCACAACCAUUUAUCCCUGGCUAUACCUCAUUGUUAGGAGGGGAUACAACCAUUGCUACAUAUAUCAGACAAUUAUAAACAAAACUGUGAGAACUCCAUGACUCUGGAGCUGCUAUUUAAGCAGGCCCCAUAGACUUCUCGCUUCAUGAUUUAAACCCAGGUGAUAGUGUGUAUAUAAAGAAUUUCAAACAUACUGGGUUGACUGAAACUGCUUAUGAUGGACCAUUCCAAAUCCUAUUAAUUACACUGAUAGCUAUUAAAAUUGGGGAGAGGGACUCAUGGAUUCAUUGUAGCCAUGUAAAACAAGUACCCUCUGUUGAUAAUGAAUAAUUGACUAUAUUGGUAGUGUUUAACUAUUGAUUAUGACUUCCUUAUUGUUGGGUUUGUACAAUUUUGUUGCACUUUAUUCAUGCCAUACAGUUUUUUUUUUCCUUUCUCUCAUUUUUGCAUUUGAAGCACAUGUAAUUAUAUUGAAAAGAUUUUCUUUUAACUAUUUUUGAAAUAAGCUAAGAUAUCCAUUUACUUGGUAUAAAAAUGCAACCCAAAAGCUUUAGACUAUGGAAAUCUGCCACUUAUUGAUAAAUAUUAUAGGCCUAUGAUUAAUGAUUGUGUCUGAUUCUAGAAAAUGGGAUCAAAAAAGGAGCACAGACUUUAUCUACAUAGUACCAUAGAAGCACAGAUUUAACCUGAAAAGUGCCAAAAGAGCACACAGGUAAAAAAGAAACCAAUCCAUGUAGGAUUGAUGAACUUCUACACCAAUAUGAAAGGACUUGAACCUAGUGUGAGACUCGAGGUUGAGGACCUUGACAUAUGUUAAGAUGCAGGACUCCUUGAACCACACUCCUUGUAAAAUAUUUUCUUUGAAAGUACCUAAAAAUUGGGUAGUCUGGCUCCCUUAUCCCUGAGAAAUGAUGAAAUAUCAGAUCAGGAAGUCACAUUUCCCUUUUUACACAAAAGUUUAGUUCUUUUUCUCUCUUAUAGUAUGGCAACUUCCUGUAGUCUUGGCUGCAAAUGGGUAAGUGAAAUAUUACUGCAUUCUGUCCUACAAACUUGUAGGAUAAGAUAAAAAUUACUUUAAUUGGACCCUAAUAACAAGGGCCUGUUAUGAAUUUAUUCUUUUUAAUUCAGAAAUUUUAUGUAAAUAGUUUUUGAUAUUUUGAUUCUGAUUUUGACUUUUUAUUUCUCUCAAAAGCUUAAUUCUUUUCCUCUAUUUUGCUUUUAUGUUUUUGAUUUUUCUUUUGAUAAUUGACUCAUCACCUAUAAUUCAACUACUUUGAGUUGAUUCAGGUGUUGAUAAGCACCCUCUUCAGGGGGGAUGGUAUUAUAUUGCUAUUAAAAAUAAAAUUCAUGAUUUACAUUUUGUUUGAGAAGAAUUUCAGGAAAAGAAGUUUGCUAACUCCAUGAAUCCAGAAGAACAAAGUCUUUGAAAAAAGAUGCUUGCAGAAACCUAUAUUGCAUCAAGAAGAUCCAGAAUGAACUUUUGGGUGCAGUCGAUUGAACAAAAAGAGAAUUGAACAUUUGUUGUAAAUGUAUAUUUUUAUACCAAAGGGGACUUCCCCCUAAUUUGGCUUUUUGCCAGUGUGCCUAGCAAAACAUUGGUUUUGCUUCCUCUCUUUUCUGUUUCUCUCUAACUAUUGUAAUUUCCUCUUAGAAAUUGAAAUAUUGUAUACAUCUGUAGUUAGAAGGUUUUUAGGACUAUAAGAUGAUUCUGUUAAAUGAUCAAUGGAGAGACUAGUCUCCCAAUGAUCAUCAGGGGAGAGUAUGAAGAUUGGAUUUAGCUAUCUCCUGAUUGUAACAAUGAAGAUACUUAGCUCUUCCUUUAUUGUGAAGAUUGAAUUGUAAUCCACAAUCUAUUUUUAGAUUUUAAUCCCCAAAAGGUGAAAACUCAGUAUUUUAAAUAGAUCUACCCAUUUUAACUACAAAAAGGUGUUAAAUAACUACAAAAGGUGAACUAACAAAAAAAAAUGUGUUAAGUAACCCAAAAAGGUAUAAUCUAACCAAAGAAGGAGUGAACUAAAGAGUAGGCAGUUCUGGAGUAAAGAGUCUGCUAUGAUUGUUAGACAUGAAAAUUUAGGGGAGGUGACACAAGGGGAAAAGAUCUUUUAAAAGAGGACCAGAGGCCAGAAGAAGAUAUUCAAUUGAGAAGAUCUAAGAGCUCUCUGACUCAGAGGACAGACUGGAAGACGGACACAUGAGGAGUGACCAAAAGAGAGACACCUAGACUUCUUUCCAUUUAGAUGGUCACUGUUGGAGGUGAUGACGUUCAAGGAUGUGGCUGUGGACUUCACCAGGGAGGAGUGGCACCUCUUGUCACCUCCCCAGAAGGAGCUGUACAAGGAGGUGAUGCUAGAGAAUGCCCAGAACCUGCUCUCUGUGGGGCUUUUAGGUCCCCCAGAAGAUGCGAUCUCUUAUUUGGAGCAGAAGGAAGCCCCAUGGAUGCUGGAGCAAGAAGGCUUGAGGGGCUGCUGCCGAGAAGGAGAGAUCCGACCUGAAAUGAAGGUGAAUAAAACACAGAUGAGUCAUUCUAUGGAAGAAACGGACCUACAAAGAUUCAAGAGUGAUGAUCCCGAUAGCAUUACUUUCAAAGAAUUCAUUGUUGCACCUCAAAAUUCAUCUCAUGUUGAAGAACAAAGAAAGCACACUGAAGAAAAAUGUAGUGAAAGUAAUGACUGCAGAAAGACGCUUAUGCAUAGCACCAGCCUUGCUGGAUAUCAGAAAAUCCAUAAUGGAGAAAGACCUUAUGAAUGCAAGCAGUGUGGAAAGACAUUCAGUCGGAGCUCCAGUCUUGUUGUACAUCAGAGAACCCACACUGGGGAGAAACCUUAUGAAUGCAAACAAUGUGGAAAGACAUUCCGCGUGAGCUCCCAUCUUGUUGCACAUGAGAGAAUCCACACUGGGGUGAAAACUUAUGAAUGCAAGCAAUGUGGAAAGACAUUCACAAUGAAUUACAACCUUGCUGUACAUCAGAGAAUCCACACUGGGGAGAAACCUUAUGAAUGCAAGCAGUGUGGAAAAACAUUCACAAAUAAGUCCUAUGUAGCUGUACAUCAGAGAAUCCACACUGGGGAGAAACCUUAUGAAUGCAAACAGUGUGGAAAGACAUUCAAAAUGAAAUCCACUCUUGCUGUUCAUCAGAGAAUCCACACUGGGGAGAAACCUUAUGAAUGCAAGCAGUGUGGAAAGAUAUUCAAAAUGAAAUCCAGUCUUGCUGUUCAUCAGAGGAUCCACACUGGGGAGAAACUUUCUGAAUGCAAGCAGUGUGGAAAGAUAUUCCAUCAGAGUUCUGAUCUUGCUAUACAUCAGAGAAUCCACACUGGGGAGAAACCUUAUGAAUGCAAGCAGUGUGGAAAGACAUUCAGUCGGAACUCCACUCUUGCUGCACAUCAGAGAAUCCACACUGGGGUGAAACCUUAUAAAUGCAAGCAGUGUGGAAAGACAUUCAGUCGGAGCUCCACUCUUGCUGCACAUCAGAGAAUCCAUACUGGGGAGAAACCUUAUGAAUGCAAGCAGUGUGGAAAGACAUUCCGUUGGAGCUCUGAUCUUGCUAUACAUCAGAGAAUCCACACUGGGGAGAAACCUUAUGAAUGCACACAGUGUGGAAAGACAUUCAUAAUGAAAUACAGUCUUGCUGUUCAUCAGAGUAUCCACACUCAGGUGAAACCUUAUGAAUGCAAACAGUGUGGGAAGGCAUUCAGUCAGAGGUCCCCUCUUGUUAUACAUCAGAGAAUCCACACUGGAGAGAAACCUUAUGAAUGCAAGCAGUGUGGAAAGACAUUCCGUCGGAACUCCACUCUUGCUGCACAUCAAAGAAUCCACACUGCGGUGAAAACUUAUGAAUGCAAGCAAUGUGGAAAGACAUUCCGUCAGAGAUCUGAUCUUGCUAUACAUCAGAGAAUGCACACUUGGGAGAAACCUUAUGAAUGCAAGCAGUGUGGAAAGACAUUCGGUCAGAGCUCCACUCUUGCUAUACAUCAGAGAAUGCACACAGGUGAGAAACCUUAUGAAUGCAAGCAGUGUGGAAAGACAUUCACAGAUAAAUCCUAUGUAGCUGUACAUCAGAGAAUCCACACUGGGGAGAAACCUUACGAAUGCAAGCAAUGCGGAAAGGCAUUCACAGAUAAAUCCUAUGUAGCUGUACAUCAGAGAAUCCACACUGGGGAGAAACCUUAUGAAUGCAAGAAGUGUGGAAAGACAUUCGCAAUGAAAUCCAGCCUUGCUUUUCAUCAGAGAAUCCACACUGGGGUGAAACCUUAUGAAUGUAAGCAAUGUGGAAAGACAUUCCGUCAGAGCUCUGAUCUUGCUAUACAUCAUAGAGUCCACACUGGAGAAAAACCAUAUGAAUGCAAACUGUGUGGAAAGACAUUCAUAGAUAAGUCCUAUGUGGCUGUUCAUCAGAGAAUCCACACUGGGGAGAAACCUUAUGAAUGCAAGCAGUGUGGAAAGAUAUUCAGUUGGAGCUCUGAUCUUGCUGCACAUCAGAGAAUCCACACUGGGGAGAAACCUUAUGAAUGCAAGCAGUGUGGAAAGACAUUCAGUCGGCGCUACAGUCUUGCUGUACAUCAGAGAAUCCAUACUGGGGAGAAACCUCAUGAAUGCAAGCAGUGUGGAAAGGCAUUCACAAUGAAAUCCAGUCUUGCUGUUCAUCAGAGAAUCCACACUGGGGAGAAACCUUAUGACUGCAUGCAAUGUGGAAAGACAUUUGCAGUGAAAUACAGUCUUGCUGUUCAUCAGAGAAUCCACACUGGGGAGAAACCUUAUGAAUGCAAGCAGUGUGGAAAGGCAUUCCAUCAGAGCUCCAAUCUUGCUGUACAUCAGAGAAUUCACGUGGGGAGAAAACUUAGGUAUACAGGCUAUAUGGAAAGAUCUUCACAUUUAGCCCCAGACUUGCUAUAGUUUGAAUGAAAUUUACCAUCCCUUCUUUCUUGGGCAGCAUACCUGGUAGGAUUUUGAACUUGACUUAGAUGGGAGGAUUGCGUGAUGGGACCCAUUGAGGAUAGAAUGGUAGCAGGGAAAACACCGAAUUAGAGUUGAAAGGUCACAAUGAGGGCAGAGUGAUGUCUCCUGGACUGUCCCCUUGACUGCUCCCCUGUGUGACUCAGGCAAAAUAGAAACCCAAGGUGAGCUCCUAAGACAAUACUUGUGAGAGUUAAUUUUGAUGUUUUGAUAAACUGAGUCAAAAGUAGCUAUUUAAACUCUUUCAGCUGUCUGGGCUUACCUGUGAGCAUUGCUAGGGCACCCUCAUAGUGCCCACAGAAUAGCAAGCUAAAUGGAGCAAUGAGGAAGGUAUGUCUCCUAUUUUUCUAUCUUUUCUACCCACUUCGUCUGAUUAAACAACAUUUAGGCCAGUCUCAUAAUUUUCCCUUGUAUACCAUACUUCAUAGCAACCACACUCAGCUUUCCUUUUGCUUAAAAUCAGACAAUUCCCUCUAUAUCUUAAGGUCUCCUAAGAUUAGGGCCCAAUGGGAAUGUGUUUUAGACCUAAAGUGUGAUCCCAUAAGAAAAUUAAAGGAGCAUUGAAUAAUUUAUCUUUCAGAUCAAUUUAUGGAUAAGGGAAGGAUUUAUGACCAUGCAAAAAAUGGAUAACAUUAUAAAGUUUAAAAUACAUAGUUUUUAUAUUAGAUUUAAAACUUUUGUAUGAACAAAACUAAUAUAACCAAAAUUAAAAGUGGAAAGGAGUUAUUAUUUGCUUUACAACAAGAUGUCUAAUUAAAUACUUCAGUUUUUAAAAAUUAUAACCCUAUUCACAAAUACCUGAAUUCAUCAUUUCUUGGCAUCGGAUCUACAGAGGAGUAUAUUCAGGAAGGACAUAAUGUCUAUGGUCUAUAGAAAUUUCAAAUUAACACUAUUUUCUAUGUUUUCCUCAAAAAUUUGUAUGAAGCAAAAAUUAGAGAAUAACCAAUGUUACUGUAAAUUUCAACUAUGAAAUAAAAUUAUUGGCUUUGCAGUGA